UCUUUCUCAUUGACGAUUCACACCUUGUAUUCACACCACCCUUAUAACAAAUAUUUUCUCUUCAAAUCUAUCUAACUUUUUCUUUCUUGAGACCAAAGAUUAAGAUCUUCUAUCAGAAAGAAAAAAAAAGUCUUUUUCUUUUUUUUUUCUUUUUCUUUUAGUUGUGGUUAUGGAGGGACAUCAUCACCAUCAAAAUCCUCAUCACCAUCUUCAUCAUCAACAACAACAACAGCAGCAACAGUUUCAUCUUCAACAACAGCAACAGCAACAGCAACAGCAUCAUCCUCAUCAGCAACAGUUGCAGCAGAAUAAUCCUAAUAUCAGUGUAAGCGUAGAUGUUACCGAUAGGUUUCCUCAAUGGAGUUUACAAGAGACGAAGGAGCUACUCAUCAUCAGAGCCGAGUUCGAUCAGACUUUCAUGGAAACCAAACGAAAUAAACUCCUUUGGGAAGUCAUCUCCACGAGAAUGAAAGAAAAGGGCUUCAAUCGCAGCCCUGAACAGUGCAAGUGCAAGUGGAAAAACCUCGUCACUCGAUACAAGGGGUGUGAAACUAUGGAGGCUGAAGUAGUGAGGCAACAAUUUCCAUUUUACAAUGAAGUGCAAGCGAUUUUCGCAGCGAGAACACAGAUGAGAAUGCUGUGGUCUGACCCAGAAGGAGCUGGUAUGAGCGGUUUUUCUAAGAAGAAAGGGGCAAUGUCUUCGGACGAUGAAGAAGAUAUUCACAACAUUAACGAUAUUGAUGUUAUUAGCGAAGGAGAGCAAAAGGGCAACAUUGUUAGUAGUAGUGGAAUUAACAUGAGGAAGAAGAAGAAGCUCAUGAAGAGUAGCAGUAAUAAUGUUGGUGGUACUAGUGGAGGAAUUGGUAGUAAUAAUCUGAGGGAGAUAUUAGAGGAUUUCAUGAAGCAACAGAUGGCAGUGGAGACACAAUGGAGAGAGGCUUUUGAGGCAAGAGAAGAGGAGAGGAGGUUGAAGGAGAUGGAGUGGAGACAAACAAUGGAGGCUUUGGAGAGUGAGAGGUUGUUAAUGGAGAGAAGAUGGAGAGAGAGAGAGGAACAGAGAAGGAUCAGAGAAGAAGCUAGGGCUGAGAAGAGAGAUGCUCUUAUCACAGCUCUUUUAAAUAAGCUCAGAAGAGAAGAUCUUUAGGGAUGAAUAUUAUAUAUAUAUAUAUAGAGAGAGAGAGAGAGAGAGAGAUGGUUGUAUAUCUCUCUUCUCUUCUAUCUCUGUCUACUCGAUCUCUAUAAGAGGUUUGUGAUCAUAAUCUUUUCCCUUUCUUUUGUAUAACUUUAGCUAAUUAUUAACUUUAUUUCUCUCCUCUGUCAUGAAUCAUGAUGAUCAUUUUUGAUGAGAUAUGGUUUUGAUUAUGAUGUAGGCCACUCCCUCUUGUUGAUUACUGUACUCUUUCCAGCGUAAGGAAACAAAAAAAAUUAGAAUUUAA